AUGAGUAUUUAAGACUAUUAAAUUAUUUAAAAGAUAGGAGAAGGAGCUUAUGGUAUUGUUUACAAGGGAUAACAUAAAUAAACUGAAGAAUUUGUUGCAAUUAAAUAGGUAAAAGUUUAAGACUAUGAUACAUGGGGAAUGCCUUAAUAAUGCUUAAGAGAAUUACAAUCAUUGAAACUUUUAUAAAAUAUUUAAAAUAUAAUUUAGUUAAAAAAAGUCAUAUACGAUUAUAAGGAUAAAUAAAUAUUUUUAAUAUUUGAAUAUUUUGAUUAAGAUCUUCAUGUAUAUAUUCAUUAAAGGGAUAUAUAUUCUUUAACAUAUUCUGUAAAAAAAAUAAUUUUCUAAAUUCUUUUAGGAUUAUCUUAAAUUCAUAACAAAAGAAUAAUUCACAGGGACAUAAAACCUUAAAAUAUAUUAAUAAAUGAUUAAGGUGUAGUUAAAAUUGCAGACUUUGGAAUUUCAAGAAUAUUCAAUUUCCCUUUAAAAGAUUUAACUAUGGAUAUACAGUCUUUACGUUAUAAAGCUCCUGAAGUUUUAUUAGGCUAUAAAAGAUAUUCAUUUUAAAUCGAUAUUUGGAGUGUUGGGUGUAUUUUUUAUGAAUUGACUAUAAAUUAACCUUUGUUUAUUUCUUUUAGCGAAAUUGAUAUAAUUAAUAAGAUUUUUUAAUUAUUAGGAACUCCAGAUUACUAGAAUUUUUAAUUCCUUUUUGAAUGCGAAAACUUUAAAAAUAACUAUGCUAUUUUUCCUAAGAAAAAUUUAAGAUAGUUUUUCUCUAAAUUUGAUGAUUUAGCUUUUGAUCUUAUUACUCAAAUGAUUGAGUUUGAUCCUAAUUAAAGAAUAUCUGCAUGUAAAGCUUUAAACCAUCCUUAUUUUUAAGAAAUUUAUUGAAAAAAAAUAUGCAUUAUUUUUAAAUUGAAUAGAUAUUAUAUUUUAAAAAUAAUAUUUAUAUGUUUUAAGAUUGCAUUUUUUAAAAAAAUCCGAUUUUAAAAAUAUUAUAUUUAUUAAGUAUAUAUUUUUAUAAAAUAAAUUUUUAAUUAAGUUUAACAUCUAAUUGAGC